UGUUUUAUGUUUUUAGGAAGUCAUGAGAAAUCUGGUUAAGAGGUACGUUGCAGCAAUGAUUAGAGAUGCCAAAACUGAAGAAGGGCUGACAGAAGAAAAUUUUAAGGAGUUAAAACAAGACAUUUCCAGCUUCCGUUUUGAAGUCCUGGGUUUGCUAAAAGGAAGCAAGCUUUCUAAUGUGCAGACUCCAAAAAUGAAUAAAGAUGCUUCCUCUCUGUCAGAAACUGAAGAAAAGAAUGAAAGUGAAGGAAACAAGAAAGGAAAGAAAAAGGCAUUCAGCCUUUUUGAUAUUACAACAAUGAUUCACCCACGAUCAGCCACAAUUGCCUCUGAAGCACAUAACGUAAGCAAUGGCUCAGCAAUGUUGGUGUCAGAGUCCAUUAAGGAGAAACAGAAGCGUGUGAAUUUUGUAACAGACAUAAAAAAUUUUGGGUUAUUUCACAGACGAUCAAAAACAAACUCUGUGGAGCAGAGUACAAAUAAAAUAUACACUGUUUCUGAAGAAGUUUCCCGUCAACAGGCAGAAGAACAAUGUGAGAAAAAUGAUGAACUGGAAGAGGGAGAACUGACUGUGAGCUGUGAAGUAAACACUCAAAGUCCUGAUGAAAAGUGCAUGGUAGCUGAGUUGCAAAAUGACAGCAACACUUUGGAUUCACAGGAUGAAGGAAGUAUUUGUGCUUUAGAAACAGAGAAAAUGGAGUUACAGAACUCAGAAUCAGCCACACCACAGGAUCAGCUGGACAAGGAAUCAGACAUUAACACUAACUGUGAUGGAAAACAGGAAACCAUUGAGCAAGGUGACUAUGUGAUAACCAGGUUGUGAUGCUUACAGGAAGAAGCAUUUACAAAUAUAUAUAUUUUGCAUAGUGCUUUUGGGGGGGAAUGUUUUAAGAACAUAUUAGCAAAUGCAGAAUUACACUUUAUAGUACUCAACUGUGGCACAUGAUCUUGUAACACAGUAAACAAGAGAAAGAUAAUAAAGGGACCUUCUGUUUUGUAGCCUGCUUUAGCUUUCACAAUUUGUUUUACAUUUUUUAAUAAAUGGAAGCAUCUUGUAUUCUUGUACUGUUGCAAUAACCCACAGAAACUUUUUAGCUAUCUUUUUCAAUUUCAACAAAAGCAAUUUCUCUCAUAUGAUAGUUGACUCCUACGAUAAAUAUUUUUCUAUGCAAAUAAAAAGUAGCUUCAGAGACUUGUAAGCCUUUAUUUAACUUUGUAGGUUCUUAAAAAUUCUGGGCAACAUAAUAAUCAUAAGUGGUUCCUGUCAACAUAUGUCAUGUCAAGCUAUUAGAAUCAUUUAUUUAAAUUGUUAGGAACUUGAUUUGCUUCAAAAUCUAUAAAGAAACAAACUAUAAAGUAUAUUCUUUUAUUUAUUGAAGGAAUAUGAAUACCUGUAAAUUUUGAACAAUCAGUCUAUUUGAUUAUUUAAUUACAGCUUCUCCCACUCAGCAAGAGAUUUAUUACCUUCCUGAUGCCGCUGUUAGAAAUACACCGGAUUCAAAGACUGUAAAAAUGUAUCUUAUAGCAAAGGAAAUAUUUGUGUCUUGCUAAAUUUUGAUGACGGAUUACUUCCCAGGAAUCCGUAGUCACAACAGCUACUGCUUCUUCAACCAUUUAUUUUUCCAGAUGUGGACAACCUAUGCACUUUAAUGUUCUGCUGCUUAUUAGCUUUUGCCUUCACUUGUAUUUGCUGAGAGAAAGAUACAUCAGGAAUAAACAAGCAAACAGUGAACCCCUGAGUACUUUGAAAAUAUGGCAGUUUGCUGAGAAGUUUUUAAAGAAAAACCUUACAAAAGUUCCUUUGACAGCUUAGGAGUUUUGGGGGAACCUGAUUGGAGGUUUUAUAAAAUGUCUAAGUAAAGAAAACCUAAUAGUAUUUUUCUUAAUUGAUAAGUGACUUCUUGUCUUAGUCAAAAACAGUAUUUUUAAAAUUAAACAGUCUGUUUCUUUUUAAUUAGUGACUGGUGUCCUACAUUAUUAAAAACUUAAAUUUACAACUGACCUAAGAAGGAACACCUUUAAGCUUCCACACCAUCCUUUGUCCAUGAAGACAUGAAUAUACCACAGCACUGUGGUCAUUUCAUUCUUAACAUCCCUGUCCCUACUUUAAUAGAUUUUGUAAUUCAUUUUUGCCUGUGGUAAGAAACCUGGUGCAUACUGUACACCUACAUCCUAUAUUCCUAGAAAAACAAAACAUGCAGAAAAUGAGGACAAAACAAAUGGAAUCCAUGACAUGUCAACUACCACCUUGUAGGAUAUGACCGAAAGCCAUACCAUUCUGGACAUAAAGUGUCCUUUUACUGAACCGAGUUUAGAAAAUCCUCUCAUUGAUAUACAUUUGGGUGAGUUUUUCCUCUCUGCUUUACUCACAUACUACUCUCCAUGAGCUCACAUAUUGCGAGCUUCCUUCCUGUACAUGCACCUGCGCCAUGGCACCUAGGAGUGAAUUCACUGAGCCAAAAUGGAAAAGUGGGGAAAAGGUCUGUAUAGCUUUGCAACACUAUGUUCACACCACAUUUGAUUACUAAGUUAUGGCUGAUUUCCAUCUUGGAGUCUUGACUGCUCUGUGGACCCCUUCUCCUCAUCUCUCCCCUUGUCCACCUUUAGAUUGUGAGCUCCUCGGGGCAGGGCCAGAAGCUUUUCUGUUUGGAAAGCACCUGAAUUAUUACAAGCGUAACAAGAAAUAAAUAAUAAUAAUAAUGAUGAAAUAACUUCAUAUCAUUUUUACUAGAUCAACUCUUAGAGAGUUCUUUUUUCUACUGUAAUGUUUGUGCUAACAAUGAUGUAAAGUCAAUGUGUCACAUGUAUCUUUUGUUAUAAACUUCUCUAUAUCCCAGUUUUUCUCCAUCACAGAUUUCAUAAAACAUUCACAACAUAUUUUAUAAAGGCCAAUACUGUCAUUUGGGAUAUAGAAGUUUGCCACUCCAGAGAUGCUGGGUUGAUUUCCAUUUUAAAAACUUUGCCUCCUUUCUUCUUUCUGGUGUGGCACCUUGUCAUACUGCCUGUUUGAGAUGGAAUGACUGACUCAGCUGGUUGCCUGAUCUUUUGCAGUCCAGCACAGCACAGAGAAGGGCACCCAUGACAAGCUCUGAUCUUUUGUUACCACUGACAAAAUAGCAUGGCCAAGGGCAACCAUAGCAUAGGUUUCAUUGUAAAUGAUUUCCAUCAUAAAACAUAAAAAAUGCACUAGUUCUUUACUAUGAGAGUGGGAGGGUGCUGAAACAGGCUGCCCAGAUAGGUUGUGAAUACACCAUCCUUGGAGGAGUUCAAGGCCAGAUUGGAUGGGGCCCUGGGCAGCCUGGUCUAGUAUUAAAU